AUGGAAGAGGAGGAAGUUAAGAGAGAAAGACAACGCAAGCGUCGUCGUGGUUCAGUUCGGGGUAGAAGGGUUAUUCAUCGCAACAGAGUUGAAGGUCAUAAUAGACUUUAUCGUGAUUAUUUCGCUGAUAAUCCUGUAUAUCAUGAUGUUUAUUUCAGGAGAAGGUUUCGUAUGCACAAACCUCUAUUUUGUAGAGUUAUUUCUAAUAUCGAAGCAUACAAUCACUAUUUCGUCCAAAGAAAUAAUGCUACAGGGGUCUCUGGUUUAUCAAGUCUUCAAAAAGUAAUUGCUGCAUAUAGAAUACUUGCCUAUGGAGUUUCUGCCGAUUUACUGGAUGGCACCAUACACAUAGGUGAAAGCACUACUAUUGAGAGUUUACGCCAUUUUGUAAAAGCAAUUGUUGCCGUUUUUUGUGAACCAUAUUUAAGAGCACCGAAUGCGGUCGAUCUGUCUCGGCUGCUCCAAUUCAACGAGCAACGUGAAUUUCCAGGAAUGAUCGGAAGUAUCGAUUGUAUGCACUGGGAAUGGAAAAAUUGUCCAACCGCAUGGCAAAGUAUGUACUCGGGUCAUUUUCGUACACCAACCAUUAUAUUAGAGGCGGUCGCAUCACACAAUCUUUGGACAUGGCAUGCCUUUUUUGGAAUGCCCGGCUCACUUAACGAUAUUACUGUUCUUGAAAGAUCUUCAAUCUUUUCGGCAUUAGCAAAUGGUCGUUUUCCCCCUGUUAAUUUUACAGUUAAUGGAAAUGAUUAUCGCAUGGGCUAUUAUCUAGCAGAUGGAAUUUACCCAUCAUGGCUACUUUCGUGA